AUGCUACAACUACUAUUGGUGAUGCUACUGUUGGCUGCGAGGAUCGUCGCAGAUUGGUGCUCGACCCAAAACACCGGGACGGCAAGGAUUUCGUAUGAGUUCAUGUCCCAUGGGUAUUGUCUGGAGCAUUGUGGGGAAUAUGCUUUUGCUAUUGUCCAAGGGAAAAGCUGUUGGUGUAGUAAUACCCAACCAUCAACAACAGGAGGAGAUUGUGAUACCGAGUGCCCAGGGUAUGGGUAUGAAAUAUGUGGAGGAUCAGGAACUUUCGGGUAUAUUGUAUUGGAUGAGGGAUUGGCCAGCAGUGUGUCAUCUACAGAGUCAUCGAGCUAUUCCACAAGCUCAGGUGAUAAUGAAGCUUCUACAAGUUAUACUACUACCAGCUCCAGCCAUUCUGAAGCUUCUACAAGUUAUCCUUCUACGAGUUCAAGCCAUUCUACAAGUUAUUCUACAUCUUCCACAUCAACAAUUGCUCCAAGAAUUUCAACAGUUGUGUCCACCAGUGUCGCGACAAUUGUCUCAACAACCAUCUCCAUAUCUUCAACAGCACCAUCCGUAACCACCUCAUUGGCCACUGUUAUCUCUAUCCAGCCAGCAUCCACUUUGGUGUCGGAAAUUGUCUCCACAGAAAUUGUUACCGGGGAUACCCAAUAUUUGACACAAACCAGUAUUUUCCAACUCACCACCACCAGUGUGGUGUCAAUGGGACCCCAAGUCACCACGAUAGUUACCAAGGUGGACAAAAAUACUAUCUCUAAUAUUGUUACUUCAGUAAGAUACUCUACGAUUGAAAAGAUCAAUAACAGCACUAUCACUACCGUGAUAUCCCCUGUCAAGUAUUCAUUAAGCAAUUCUUCCACUAUUCUCAUCACUCCAGUCACAACCAGCCUGAAAGUCGCCAGCCUGACAACUACUAGUUCACCGUCAUCAACUGGAACAGCUUCUACAAAUAACCAGAAUAUCAAUGCCAAUACUACUACCAGUAGUAUUAAUAAUACCACCACAAACACCACAGAUACUAACAUGGCACGGCAAUCAAAACAUCUGGCAACUCUGUCAUUUUUUCAUAACAAGGGUAAAGUUGCGGGAGUGUUCACGGCAGUUGGGGUAUUCAUUGUGCUCUUGGUGGUGCUCGCUGUGAUAUUGAUUUCUCGUCAUCGUCGCAAGUUUCAAGAGAACCAACGUCGUGAUUCUUUCAUGAUGGGGAUCCCAUCCCCUUCAACCUUAGUGGGAUCAAUGACCCCAGAUAGCCCGACAAAGAACAGGUUCUCAGGGGCCAGUGGCGAUAGUGAUAAUAACUUGAAUAUUUUUGGCGAUUAUCCUACCCCGAUCAAACAUUAUACCCAUUCAAGUUUUGAUAAGGAUGAGAAUGUUGGUACUGAUAAUCGUCUUGAAGCCCCAAUGGUGGUGUUCCACAAUCAAUCGACUGUUUCGUUGGAAGAUAAUAAAGAUUACACCAGGAAGUUGCAAGUAAUGAAUCCAUAA